GGGGCGUGGAUUUCCGUCGUGCUCGUGCGGUCACAGUGCAAUAGUGGGCGUUCAAUCUGUCUAUUGCUCUAGCUCAUACAUGACUUCACGAUUAACGUUACACAAGUUGGGAAACUUCAUAUCUGGACAUUUUCAGACGCAGACUGCCGACAAAGAUGACGGAAAGCUCCGCGAACAAGCUGCUAAACGGAGAUGCCUGUCACCGGACCUCAAAUGCUAAAAAAUCGAGCAAAAAUGGCUUCGUGAAGAACCACUGCCUGUUUCAACAGCCACAGAAGUAUCGUCGCCCAAGGGAGAGGAACCAAAAUGUCACACACAACUCCAGCCUGUACAAGAAGCCCUUUGAGGAAUCAUUUGAGGAGACUCCUCUGCUGGUGGCUGUGCUCACCUACAUGGGCUAUGGCAUCCUCACCAUCUUUGGCUACCUCAGAGACUUCCUUCGCCACUGGAGCAUCGAGAAGUGCCAAGUGGCUCGGGAGAAAGAGGAGCAGAAGGAUUUCGUCCCCCUCUAUCAGGACUUUGAGAACUUUUACACCAGGAAUUUGUACAUGAGAAUUCGAGACAACUGGAACAGACCCAUCUGUAGUGUCCCUGGUGCUAAGAUGGACCUUGUGGAGAGCGUUUCUCACGACUUCAAUUGGACCUUUGAGCACACAGGCAGAGUGGUGAAGGAUGUCAUCAACAUGGGCUCAUACAAUUACCUGGGCUUUGCUGAGAACAACGGGGCGUGUGCCGAUGCUGCCAUUGAGGCCACAGAAAAGUAUGGCGUUGGAGUGGCAAGCUCUCGCUGUGAGAUGGGGAAUCUGGACAUUCACGAGGAGCUGGAGCGCUUGGUUGCCAGGUUCCUGGGUGUUGAGUCAUCCAUGGCUUUUGGCAUGGGCUUUGCAACCAACUCCAUGAACAUUCCUGCUCUCACUGGGAAGGGUUGUCUCAUUCUGAGCGACGAGCUGAAUCACGCUUCUCUGGUGCUGGGGGCCCGCUUGGCUGGCUCCACUAUUCGGGUCUUCAAACACAACAACAUGCAAAGCCUGGAGAAGCUGCUGAGAGAUGCUAUUGCUCACGGGCAGCCGAGAACCCACCGCCCCUGGAAGAAAAUUCUCAUUGUGGUGGAGGGUAUUUACAGUAUGGAGGGGUCCAUCGUGCGUCUGCCAGAGGUUGUUGCUCUGAAGAAGCGCUACAAGGCGUAUCUGUACCUGGAUGAGGCCCACAGCAUCGGGGCCCUGGGGCCUAACGGCAGAGGAGUGGUGGACUACUUCGGCCUGGAUCCUAAAGAUGUCGACAUCAUGAUGGGAACAUUUACCAAGAGCUUCGGUGCUGCUGGAGGAUACAUUGGAGGCAAAAAGGAGCUGAUCGACUACCUGCGGUGCCACUCUCACAGUGCCCUGUACGCUAUCUCCAUGUCCCCUCCAGUAGCCCAGCAGAUAAUCAGCUCUAUGAAGAGCAUCAUGGGAGAGGACGGGACCACACUGGGUGCUGAUCGCCUCAGACAGCUCUCAGAGAACACCACCUACUUCCGCAGGAAACUCCGGGAAAUGGGCUUCAUCAUCUACGGCAACGAUGACUCGCCUGUAGUACCCAUGAUGCUCUAUAUGCCUGCCAAAAUUGGGGCAUUUGGUCGGGAGAUGUUGAAGAGAAACAUCGGCACGGUGGUUGUUGGCUUCCCAGCAACACCCAUCAUCGAGUCCAGGGCGCGUUUCUGUGUGUCGGCUGCCCAUACCAGAGAGAUGCUUGACACAGCGUUGGAGGCCACAGACGAAGUGGGCGACCUGCUACAGCUGAAAUACUCAAGACGUGAACAGCCUCUUCCCUCGCUUGGGUGGAUGGCCGAGGAGAGUCUGCUUCAAGACUGAGCAACAUCAACCCCCCUCACCUGCCCAUUUGGUCUCCCCAGAACUAAAGGCUUCACGGUCUACCCUUUUGAAACCUGCACACCAGCACCACUCAUUAGCCUGUGUGCAGUCUGUGCAGCGGAUUUGUCCCACAUCUUUCUGAAUGCCACUUCAGUUUGUCCUAACUUAUUGUGACUGCAUCUGUCCCACAUCAAGCCCUAUUCAUGUGUGCACAUUGAAUGUGUAUGUUAUUUGUGCAAUAAUAACAACAGCUUGGAGUUUCUUUGUAGUUCACACAACCUAGAGUGAAGUAGACCAUUUUUUUUUUGCCAUGAGCUCCUACUCAUGCACUUGGAAAAAAGAGAAAAGAAAAUAAGAAAUCAGCUCUUAGCGGUGGCUAUGAUGUACACAUGAAAAAAUUAUAUAUGUAAAUAUUAUUUAUCCCAAAGUUGGCAAUGCUGCUAUAGGGUAGCAUCCCAAACCUCAAGUAGAGAUACAUUAUUUCACAGGAGUAACAUUAGCAUAUGUACUCCAUAUGUAUUUAUCUGAUGGCUUUUUUCUAAUCACUUUUACUUGAAUGGAGUAGGGAAUACUGGGUUCUUUCGCCUACCAAAGGAUGUAUAUGUAUAGAUGUGUUUUCUACCUUUUCUCUUAAAUGCAAACAGAUGUUCCUAACGAAAAUAUUUAACAGAAAGAAUCCCAUGGAGCAAGACUAAGGAAUAUUUGUAUUGCUUAUUUUCUAGAGAUAUUUUUCAGCCUUAUUACUGUUUACACCUGCACUCAAAAACUUGAGCCCAGUGUCUUUAACAUUUCUAUAAGCUAAUGUGCUACAUGUGUGAUUGGUUUUUGUGCUCAGUCCUUCCUGCGUAAGUGUUUUCAUGUGAGUCGGUGUCGACGGCAACCUCUGAGCACGACGACAUGCUGUAACUUUGAUCUGUAUGUAUGACGAUGUGCUCCACGCUCAUCUGAUUUACAGACGGCUUUAUUUAUUCAAAAAUGCCUUUGUCAUCUUUCCUCUUAUUUUUUUAUCUGAAAGUCGGCUCCAAAUGUGUCCCUGUGUGUUUUAACUGACUAUCUACACGUCUUAACUUCAGUGCCAGCACUACUGACAGGCAUUGUACAUGCACAGAUGACGUAGUCACUGAUAUUUGCAAGAUUUGUAUGGGUCUGCUUCAAAUGUCGUUGUUUUUUUCGUAUGAUUUGGGGUCUUUGGACAUCUUCUGGAAUGACAUUCCAUAUCAACCUGUUUUGUUUUGUUUUGUUUUGCUAUUUUUGUCUUGACUUUUCAGUAUGAGGUCACCCCAAACAUUUCUUACAUGUCCCUGUUAAUAUAUUAUGUUCUUAUGUGUGUUUAUGUUCUGCCACUCAAUCGAUGUGAAAGCUGGCAGUUGUCUGGCAAUGUGACCAUUCCUAUGAAUGUCCAUCAGAGUGAUUCCACUCAACUCAAGUUUAGAGAAGCUGUUGUAUUUUAUUGCACAGCACGACAGCUGUUAACAGUACACCAUUCCAUAUGAACUACAUUGUUCUCUGAGUGAGUUAUUCCAAUAUUGUUGUUUUUCUUUAACGGAAAUGACUUGAAUAACAACUCUGUGAUGCAUUUGCUUUCAAUAAACAUAAAGUAAAAGGUG